AUGACCAUAUCCUAUCCAAUAACAAAAGAUGCCAACUAUGGAAAUCAGAAAAAUUAUUUGCUGAUUCUCAAUGAUGAACCAUUUAAUAUAAAUAUUUCCAAAGGACCAAACGAUUUUAAUGGGAUUUCUUACAGUGCAUCAGGAGAUCUUCUUCGAUUUGAAACUGAUCUCUUUCGUAUUCCAAAAACAAAAAUAUUAGCAAUUGAAUAUUCAGCUAACAAAUGCCCAAGUAAUACUACAUAUAAAAUAUCAACAGGAAAAUUUCAAAAUACAUAUAAGUAUUAUGAUUCACGUGGCGAACAACUUGUUUUCCCUAAUAAAAUAUAUAUUGGGCCACUUGCAUUUAGAUUGAAGGAAGGCCAACAUCAUUUUAACCUUACGGAUACAAUAAAUUUAACUAUUAGAAAGAAUUCAAUCAUCAUAUUCUCCUAUUAUAGAAAUGUUCAAGGCACUGCUACAGUUAAUGAAAGGGAAAAAAAUUAA